AUGGAUUAUGAAUACAGACAUACUAAAGGAUCACAUUUGUUGUCAUCACCUGUUUAUUUAAAAGGAGAAUGUUUGGUGAAAAAUGAGCUCUUAGAGAAUACAAUACUCCAGAGAAACUUUAUAACAGCUGAUACUCUACCUGUACUAUCAACGGAUAACAAAUUAUUGUCAACUUUAAGAUUCCAAACCGAAAAUCAUAUUUUGACUCCUUGUCGUAAAGAUACAGUUAACCCUACUCAUGAUGAAUGCAGCACAAAAGAGCCAACUGAUGACUAUACUACAUUCAAAUCCCAACCUGUUGAUUGGUUACAGAAUGCUGUCGUGAAAAUUUCAGAUGUCCUACCACAGAAUAUAUUUGAUUGUGGGUGUGGUGAAACUGCAGAAAAACAACUUGUUCAGGAUAAAUUUGAUUUAUCGAUAAACGAAUGCAAAGACACCUGCAGGCAGCCUAAGAUAGACUUAAUUAGCUGCAUAUCUUCUUCUAUUGUUGAUGGAAUUCCGUCAAGGGAGAGGAAAAAGAUUUUAGGACAGCUGAUUCAAACUUGUGUCAGUAAGGAUCCAGAAUUCAUACUUAAGGCAGCUUUGUACUGCCGUAGAGAGCUCAAUAUACGUACUACAACUAACCUGUUAAUAGCAAGUGCUUGCUUUCACGAAAAAUCUCAAGCUUUUGUUAGCAAGUAUUUUUCAGCUUGUAUUAGUACACCAUCAGACUGGUUGGAAGUUACUGAAUAUUAUGCAGUAAUCAGUGGUAAUUCACCCUUGAAAGGGAUGCCUAAAGUCUUACGAAAGAAUUUGACUGAGAAAUUUUCUGAAUUCGAUCAGUACCAACUAGCUAAACACUGUAGGCACAAAGCAAGAGCGAAUCGUUCUGCGAAAUCGAAGCUGCAAAUAAAACAACCGUUUGGUGAGACAAUGGAUACACAGGUGUAUACCUUCAUUCAUAGGUUGACAAACUCACCUCCUGUUUAUUUUACUAUGAAAGAUAUUAUUCGUAGACUGCAUAUAUCAAGUCCUAGAUUCAAUGUGAUGUGCAUUCUUGGUAAAAAGUAUCCAUUGGAUGCUACUGAUUUUAUCCGUAUGGGACUGGAAGGAGAUUGGGAUGAGUCUAAGGCAGGAAAACGCAUGAAGCUUCCUGUUCCCCUAACUUGGGAAACAGAAUUGUCUGUCAAUGGUAAUAACGCAAACUCUUGGACAAAACUUAUCACUUCUAAUAAAGUACCACAUAUGGCGAUGUUAAGAAAUCUACGAAAUAUCCUAAAAUCUGGUAUACCUAACUCUAUCCAUGAAAUAGUAUUGAAAAGACUUACGGAUGCUCGUAUUAUCAUUGAUGGAAAGCAGUUCCCUUUUCGUUACUUCACAGCCUUUAAUACCAUCCAUAAAUUAAAAACUGAGUUUGUGUUAACACGAUAUUUAAGGGCGAUGCAAGAAAAAUCUAAUAGACGAUUCAGGACGGUACCCAGAAGACUGACUAAAAAAUAUUUAUGGGUAGAAGAUUAUCUUAGAAAAGUUAAUUUGAUACGUUGGACAUAUGAUGCCAAACUGUUGGAUCGAUAUCAAAAGGCUUUAAACACAGCUUUAGAAUUAUCAAUCCAGCAUAAUCUGCCUCCAGUUUGUGGGUCAACAUUGAUUAUUUGUUCUACCAGUAAAUACACAAAUCGUUCUGCACAGAAGAAGUCAUCAAGAUCAAAAUCUUAUAUGCCUAUGAUGGGAUUUCUUCUUGGGUAA